AUUCCUGCUUUUCCGUAAAAACCUGAUCAAUCAACCAACGUGAAGUUGUUUUGCGAUGAUAAAUUUGAUCAUAGUUUAUAGUUUUAUUAUAUAGUUGCUAAUAAUUUAAAGUACGAUACAACUUUGAAAUUCAACAUGGAUUUGUUAGGUUCAAUAUUGAAUUCCAUGGAUAAACCACCCAGUGUGAAUGAAAAGGAACGAUUGCGGCGCAAAAAAGCCAAAGAGGCGAUGCAAUUACAGCAAAACAAAGAAAAAGAGAAAUUGAAAGCUUUUCGAGACGAUGCUGAGAAAAAGAUCAACGAAUUUGAACUGGACGAAACUAAGACGAAAUUACCAUUUCCUCCUAGUGACAGAAUUUUACGCGGUAUAAUACAUGAAAUCGCUCAAGAUGCUGGUAUGGUUUCGUAUUCCUUUGGAGAAGAAGGAAUCGAUCGUUAUAUCGUAGUUUAUAAGAAAGAAUUCGUGCCCUCAGAAGACGAAUUGAAUGCCCUUCGAAAAGGUGAAGAAUGGAACGAAGAGAAAGCUAGACAAAUAGCUGAAAAAAGGAAACGAGAAGAGGAGGAAGAGGAAGAAUACACUAAGAAGAAACGCGAAAACGAUAAAUUUGUCCCGGCUUCCAAUUAUCAAACUAAAUAUCAGCACUUGAUUGGCUUGGAGAGCGCCAAAGACGCAGCUAAAAAGACUGGAAUAAAUAAGCAAUACGGUUUCGUUCCAAGCGAAAAUAAGAAGGAUUCUAGAUCCAUUGAGCAAACUCUUGCCGAUAUACAGAAGAAAAAAGCAAAAAAACCCGAUUCCCAGGAUCCUUCUUCAGAGAGUAGUUCUGCGCAAUGAAUCGUUAAGUUUAUAAGCUCUGUUUAAUUUCUUCCACUUUGGAAUGAUUUCUUUUAUGUAUACUUCUUAUUUUUUCGUCAUGCACACAUUUUUCUUUUUGUUAUGUGUUCGAAUUUAUUAUUUUCAUUUUUAAAUAGGAAAUUAAUAUUGCGUUCUGUUUGAAUCAAUUUGAACUCGACGAUUUUUAGCCUUGUUCGUUUGGCUGUAUUUUACUACUCGAGGUAGAUUAUUGAAAUACGUUUGCACUUCUAUGAUAUUAUUAUUAUGUUAAUUUUGUUGUGAGGAAUAUUGUUGUAUACUAUUUUCAUUUUUGUAAAUUGUGAUAUCCGUUAUGAUACGUAUAGAUUUCGAAAAUUAAAUAUUUUUAGUAAUUGUA